CCCAAAUGUUGUUUUGUGUUAUUUGAAAAAAAUAGUUAUUUUUUAAAAAUUUUGUUUGCAACAAAAAAACCAACUGUGUUGUUGUUUUUAUUUGAAACACACCAUUCUUUUGUUGUAUUAUGGAAAGUAACGCCUUUGGUAGCAGUCAUAUACCUUCACAAGCAUUGGUUGUUUUAUCGGAGGCUGCUUCCGGUUUGCAUGAGGCCUUAAGAGGCCAACGUCCAUUUCCUUCAAGGUUACCUGACGCCAAAGAUCUCCACAAUAUGUCACUAGUCGGCAGUUAUGGUUCACAUUUGCUGCACAGCUUUCAUCCACAUCUCCUGCAAACCCUCAAUCAUCAUGGCAUGCUGGCCAAUGGCUCAGCAGCGGCGGCCAGCUAUUUUGCCAGCGAACGGGCUGCCUUAGGCAAGCCGUCGGUGUUAUCGAACUUUCAAUUGCCCUCCGCGUUUUCCCCACCAAAAUAUAUAGGAAUUUCAUUGGAUCAGAAUCUUUUCAAUGGCAAUGAUUCAUUUCGCACAGAUUCAGCCAGCCCUACUUGCACAUCACAUGAGUCUUUAGAAGGCUCAAAUGAUUAUGAUGGUGAAAAGGGUGAAAGUCCACGUAGUAAUACAUCCGAUCCCAGAGACUUAAGGCAUGCCCAUAGAAAUGACAAACCCUCUACAUCUUGUGCCUCAUCGAUGGCCGCUGUUUCAGCAGCGGCUGCUGCUGCCGUAGCCUCUAUAGCUUCCAGUCAAGCAUCUACUUCUGCCACCAACUCUCAUUUACAUCAUCAUCCCCACCCUCAUCCACAUCAUGCUCAUCAUUUAUCCUCCAUGGCUUCACAUCAUCAUCAUCACCAUCAUCCCAAUAGCAGUUUAUUAGCUGCCGCCAAUAUGACUCAUAAUCUAGGUUUAGCCGCCCAUGCUGGUUUGCGUCCUCCACCUGGUCAUGUUCCCGAUAUGUGUCCGGUUUGUGGUAUUAAGUUGUCACCCGAAGAAUGGAAUUCACAUUUUCUUACCGAAUUGGAUCGUUUGUAUAAGUUAAGUUCGGGUAUGGAGAGAUCGAAUUUACAAGCUACCUAUAUGUUUGCCCCGCCCUGUCCCUCGCAAGAGAAUGCCAUACGAACAAGCCAUAACAGAUGGGAGACCUUUCAACGUAUCCGCAACAAUCGCCAAAAUCGCCUACGUAUCAAGGUGCGCAAGCGAAAAUAUGGCGAUAUGUACUUCAUGGAAAAUAUGUUCUGCAAUUCCUGUCCCAUCUGUACAAAACGUAAAUAUGCCAUAGAAACGGGUAAAAUGCCACCCGACGAUGAAACACAUAAAAUUCAAGAAGAAAUCGAAACUGUUGAUGUGGAAUCAUGUAAUGAUGAUAUACCCGAUUCGGGUUCUGAACUACACCAACAGCAACAACAGCAGCAGCAUUCACAAUCAGUACAUCAUGCUCAUAUGCCAGCGUUAAGCGGUAGUAGCAGCCAUAGUAGUAGCCAUGGCAGUUCAAAUGGAGGCGGUAGUAGUAGUAUGGGUGCCAAUCUUCAUAAUAGCAAUAGUCAACCGGGAAAAUUGGAUGGUAUUUUAUAUAGAACAGCCUGUGUAAUGAAUAAGGAGAGUGGAGGAGGUGAAGAAGAUAUAAGCACAAAUGUGGCAACAACAAGUACCAACAGUAAUAGCAGUUCGGGUAGUACGACUAACUGGACAGAGGCACAUGCUGCUAGUAAUGCAACACAUGGUCACAUAAGUGUUAAAAAUGUUAGUGAAUUAUCUUCGACUACACAUCAUUAUUAUAAUGCCGAUUCUUGUCAUGAGGAAAGACAAGCUAAAGAUAUGUCCAUGGAGACGUGUAACAAUGACAGUGAUGAAGAUGUUAUUGUGGAUGAUGAUGAUUCUAUAAAAAUGAGUUCUUAUAAUAAAAAACGAAAAUAUGAAGAGGCCACCGUAGGCAGUAGUAGAAUUUUAGAGAAUCCUUCCCCAGUAGAGGAAAGACCACGAUCAGAACCACAAGUAACCAGUACCGAAACAGGGGUGGAUCAUACACACAAUAACAACAAUAAUAACACUUCCAAAUAUACCGCUUUUGAGGAUUUAAGAAAUAAAUGUCAUCAGCAGCAACAACAGCAGCAGCCAAUGGAUACUGAUUCUCCUCCAGGACAUGGAAUAAUGACAGGAUUAACACAAUUGGACACAAAGGUGGGAAAUAGUUCGGAUAUAAAACCGGACAAAGAUGAAAACAAAUGUUUCAUUUGUAAGACAGGUAUAAAAGAUCUAACAUCCGAUAGUUUCUUAAGAGGACGUAAUUUUUAUUUUCAUCAAAGUUGUGCCAAUGUUAUGAGCAGUUAUCGUCUAAAUAAAGAAUUAUCUCAUCAACCACAUUUAUCCCAGACGUCAAACAACAACAACAACAAUAAACACAGCAACAACAAUCAAGAAUCUGAAAUAUCGUCCGAACAUAAACCCCAAAUACAACAGUCCCAAAUCGAUACGGCCAGCCAGAAUGAAAGUUAAUUAUUUUAAGAAAAUUUAUCAAAAAAUUAAACAUUAAAGAAGAAAACAAAUCAAAUGUAAAAUAAAUAUAAAGAAAAUUUUAAACUUAUAGAAAAUAUUAAUUAAAGUAGAAAUUUAGAAAAAAAAAUUAAUUAUGAAAAAUUUUUAAGUUUUUUUUUUUGUUCCAGACAUUUACAGCAAAAUCUAUGAAGAUGAAAACAACUAAAUUUUAAUUUUAUUUAUUUGUUUGUAAAUGUCUUAUCUAAGAAAAUUGUAAUUGUAUGUAAUUGUAAAAAUUUGUUUUUUGUAUUAAAUUUUUCUUUAAAUAUUUCUAUUGUUGUAGUUAAUAACAAUAAAAAAAGGAGCGUUUUCAAAUGAAAAAAAUACUAUGCCUUUAAACUUAAGGCCUAAUUUAACAACUGAAUAACACUCUAUUUCAUAAAUAAGUAUUUUUUCUU